UGAACAUCAACGACAGGCUAUACCAUGCUCAAACAGUAGCGACAAACAAAAUAUUAACACUAACCCAACUAUCCCUAAACAAGAACAUCAACAAGCCAUCUCAAUCCCAACCCGACAUCAACAAUAAACCCCAACCAAGCCCACCCCUCUGCCGCCAUGGCGUCCAGCAUCCCCGCCGCUGAUCUCCGCUCAUUCACAGACCACCUAAAACGCAGCAAGCGGGUCCUCGCGCUGCUAGGCGCUGGAAUCUCCGCCUCCUCCGGACUGCCCACCUUCCGCGGCGCAGGCGGUCUCUGGAGAUCUCACGAUGCGACCGACCUAGCGACGCCCGAAGCCUUCAACGCCUACCCGGACCUGGUCUGGCAGUUCUACAGCUACAGGCGGCAUAUGGCGCAAAAGGCGCAGCCGAAUCGCGCGCACUAUGCCCUGGCGGAGCUCGCGCGGCGCAUGCCGGACUUCCAUACGCUAUCGCAGAAUGUAGAUGGUCUCUCGCAACGCGCAAACCACCCCUCGGGACAGCUGCAUCUCCUGCACGGAUCGCUAUUCACUGUUAAAUGCACAUCCUUUUACUGCAGCUACUCGCGUGAGAACGAUUUCUCGGACCCUAUCACACCCGCACUAGCCAUCCCAACAGGCGGGGCCGAGCCGACGCCGUCGUCAGACGACAAGACCGGCGAAGCAGCGGGGCAGUCGCUGUCUGCCGCGAUGUCGGGGGCAGAAGCAGAGGGCCAAGAGGCGGACAUCUCCGACGAGCGGGUUCCGCUGGCCCCGCUUCGACGGGAAGACCUGCCCCACUGCCCGGAGUGCAAAGACGGGCUGCUCCGGCCGGGGGUGGUGUGGUUUGGGGAGAGCCUGCCGCUGACGACGCUGGAUUUCGUGGACGGGUGGAUGAGGGCCGGGCCUGUCGAUCUGAUUCUCGUGGUUGGGACCAGCUCGCAGGUUUAUCCGGCUGCUGGGUAUGUGGAUAAGGCGCGUGCGAGGGGCGCGCGGGUGGCGGUUGUUAAUAUGGAUCGGGGGGAUGGUGAUGCGGGUGUUGUUGUUCCGGAGUUAUUGAGGUGUGUGGUGGGGGAGAUUUGA